AUGAAGCUAGCAGAAGAAGAGCACGUUGGGGCAACUCCGGGAGAUGGUAGCCCAGACAGCACGAUUGAAUUAGCACUUACCUACUUCAACAAAGCACUGAAGCUAGACCAGGGACCGAGAGAUGUAAAGAUACACUCUUUCCGUGCUGAAUGCUUAAAACGCCUCAAAGAAAACAAACAGGCAGUGGAGAGUUGGAAAAGGGCUGUUGAAUUGGAUAGACAAGCAACUACAUAUUACGGAAAUAUCGAGCCAUUACUGGCUAUGCUUCUGGAUCAAUGUAGAGAGAUGUCAGACUCAGAAGGCUUUCAGCCAGUCGUGGCAGAGACGGCCACCUAUCUGAAGAUGGCACUGUCCAAGUACGAAGCAGUCUCCGACAAAGUCAUACCUGCACUCAUCAAGAAGUUUCCCGAAGAGUUUCUGCACACAGCCAUCUAUUUCAGGAUCACAAAGGACCUCGGCAUGUCGAGAAGAAUUUGGAACUAUGUGGACAAAACCAUCCGAGGGCCGCUUCCCCAAGAGAUCGCAGAGAGAAAGCGUCGAAUAGACGAAGAUAUAGAGGAAUGUCAAGAAGCCGUUGCUAACGAUGGUGUUCAAGAACCCAGGAGCAAGGACCACGGGGACCACGAGCAGACAGCUAACAGUGAUCAAAGUGAGGAAGGGGCAACAGGAGGCCAACUCCUAGACGAACGUCACCCGGCGACUGAAGAGCAGAGAGAAUUCAUGCCGAAACAAGUAGAAAAAGCCCAGAACACCAAAGGUUUCCACUACGACUUCUUCGUCAUCCACAGUGCUAAAGACGCAGAGUGGGUAAACUACACCCUUCUGGCAAACCUAGAGGGCGAGCAUCACCUCAAAGGCUGCAUCGCUGAAAGAGACUUCCAGCUUGGCAAAUAUGUCCUAGACAACAUCACAGCAACCAUCAAACAAAGUGCAAAGGUGCUCGUCAUCCUUACACCAGACCUUCUUCAGAGCAAAUGGUGCAAACAUGAAAUGAAGGAAGCACUUCACGCGAAGGUGGAAGAGGCAACAGAGUCAGUAAUCCCUGUGCUCCUGAAGGAUUGUGAGGUUCCCGAUGAGAUAAAGAACAUUACAUACCUGGAUGCACGGAAACACUUGGACUGGGAGCACCUGUUGCGAGAUAUUCAGAAAUGA